GAAGUCGAGAAGUUCGGCAGUCGUACUUUACGUCAAUUUGGACUACUGUACUUGCCACACUAAAUUGUCUUCCAAUGUUAUGGAGAGAAAAGCCAGAACUCAUUUUAUGCAAUGGUCCUGGCACUUGUGUACCUUUAUGUGUCAUAGCAUUUUUAUUUAAAAUCUUAUUUAUUACAGAAAACGUUAUUGUAUUCAUAGAAAGUUUCUGUAGAGUUAAAACUUUCUCGUUAACAGGAAAAAUCUUGUAUUACUUAGCUGAUCAUGUUAUUGUGCGAUGGGCGUACUUAACUAAACCUAUGUAUAGCAGAAGCAUUUGUUUAUAAGUAAAUACUUUCAAUUAUAUUUUAUAUUGUCAUAAUUGUAUACCUGAAAUAAUUUACAGAAAAUGGCUUGCAGUGAUUCUAUGAUAACAGUCUCCUGGGAAUUGUUAACAAAAGAAUUGAAAAAUAUACCUAUUGAAAUAAAACUACACUUGACAUCAAUAAUCAACAUACUACAAACAUCUGACAAACAAUUAACUUCAGAAAAGUGGAUAAAUGCUUCAAUAACAAGAGUGGAAGCUUGUUUAGACCGCACAUGGGAGGUAUUGAAUUCAGGCUACUGGAAAGAUGUCUCAAUAGAAUACAGAUAUUGUUAUUCUCUAUGUGUUAUUGUAAAGGCUGUAUUAUUAGAACUUCAGUAUAAAAUAAAUGCUGAAAGUUGUGCUGAUAAAGAGAAGAAAAAGACUGUAUUGAAGAAUAUUAUUAACCAAAUUGAUAGAGGCAUUUUGUUAGGCGCACCUCUUCCCAGUAUGCCAAAUUUAUUAACAGCUAUUGCCACGAAGUUAAAUAACUGUUAUGCUGAAGAAUCUGAUACUAUAAAUAUAGAAGAUAUUUCAAUUAAUCAUGAAAGGACUGACUACUUAAUUUCUAAUUGCCCGGAUAGAUAUUUUGAAAAACCUUCAAUGCAAACAUUUUACAAUAAAAUUUUUAUGCCAAAGUUACCAGCUGUAUUAACAGAGUGUAUAACUCACUGGAAAGCGUUAACAUUAUGGAAGAAUUCUAAUUAUUUGAAUAAAGUUGCGGGAUCUCGGACAGUACCUAUUGAAAUUGGAUCCCGUUAUACUGAAGAAGAUUGGACACAGAAUCUUGUUAAUUUUUCUGAAUUUUUACAAAAGCACGUUAUUGCAAGUAACAGUGAAGUUGGGUAUUUAGCACAACAUCAAUUAUUCGAACAGAUACCAGAAUUGAAAGAGGAUUUUGAAGUACCAGAGUAUUGUUGCUUUUCGGAUAGCGAAGAGAAUGAUGCAGAAUCAUCAGAAGUUGAUAUAAACGCUUGGUUUGGACCCGCUAAUACAGUGUCGCCUUUGCAUUUUGAUCCAAAAAACAAUCUGCUUUCUCAGGUAUUUGGUUACAAAAGAGUUAUCUUGUAUUCUCCAACCGAAACUGAUAAGUUAUAUCCUUAUGACAGUAGAUUACUUAACAAUACUGCGCAAGUAGAUCCUAUAAGGCCAGAUUACGACAAGUGGCCGAAUUUUCGUGAAGCCAAUGGCAUGACGGUUUACUUAAAGCCCGGAGAAAUGUUGUAUAUUCCACCAAAAUGGUGGCAUCAUGUAACCGCUCUUACUCCGAGUUUUUCGAUCAGUUUCUGGUGGAAUUAAUGUUUAUUUUGAAUAUAAAUAUGCAAUACAAUUUACAAAUGGAUUAAAUAAAAAUUGUUUGUUAAAGUUA